AUGGCAUGUCUGGAACAUUCAUCACUUGUCCACAAUCUCACAUCACAGAAGAACAAGCUACAGGAGACUUAUGAGAAGCUUGUUGAGGAUGUGAACAACCUACUUGAUACCCAGGACAAUAUUCCCAAGGAAAAUGAAGUCCAACAAGGUGAACAUGAGGAGAUCACUCCUCCUUUGGACAACAAUAUUUCAGCUUUGAAGGAACAGCUGGGUGCAAUGGAUGCUGAGAACAAAGAACUGAAGCAAAAGGUUGACCAGUUGAAGAGCAUUCAGGUUGCCCAAGGUAAUGUGAUUAGGAAUCUGAAGUUUGCUCAUUUGAAGGAGAAGGAAAAGUUGAGCACUGAGAGGAGGAAUUUGGAGUUUCACAUUGCUGAUCUUGUCAAAGCUAGUGACAAGAACAAGAGAAAGCUGAAGGACAUCAAGGAUAUUUGCGAUGAAGAGUGA